AUGAAUGAGAGAUUCAAAGUGCAGUUUGUCAGUAACAACCGUCCAGAGAGGACUACUGCAGAACUCACCGCAAUACUGUAUGAGAGAGGCGAGAGCCUUCGGGUUUUCAUGGCCAGGUUCAUGAAAGAAUCUACCAACAUUCCUAACUUACAGCCCGACAUGGCAAUCUUUGCGCUAAAAAACGCGUUACAAGAAGGAAGGUUCCGAGAUAAACUGUCCAUGAAAAAUCCCACCAAGAUAGCCGACGUGCUGCAAAUGGCAGAUGCAUUUAUCAGAACCGAGGAGUUCAACAAGGCUGCUGCCAAACUGAAAAGUUCCUCGGAGCCGAGGGACGCUAAAAAAAACCAGAGUAAGCCCGAGGGAAACUCAAGAAAGGGGAAGGAGAAACAGGGUGCAAGAGAUGGCAGUCCGAAGAAGGAAGGGAAAAAGGGUGAACUUCAACCCAAGUAUACCAACUACACCCCCCUCUCGUUUCCCCGAAAGGAAAUCUUCAGCCUCCACAAAUACGAUGAGAAGUGGCAGAAACCACCCAAGCUGAAGUCCCAAAACAGAAACAAAAACAGAAACAAGUGGUGUGAGGUCCAUGACGACCACGACCACAAUACUGAAGAGUGUAAUCAGCUGAAAGACAACAUCGAAGAUCGCGUCUGCCGAGGAUAUUUUAAACAAUACCUAGCAGACCGAAGAGAAGGAGCGCUGAAAAAGGAAAAAGCUCCAAGUGGCAAACCCCAGGAGCAACGCCUAAAAAGAAUCCACGAAGCCACAUGGCAGAAGAAGCAUGAUAUCUUAGUGGUAUUCGGGGGACAGAGGCCUAUGCCAGUAAGAAGCACUUGA